CCAUUUGCUUCGACAAUGAUAAGCUUUUUUAGUCUAACGUAUGUUUUCUUGACAUUGCAAAGUACUGUUAUAAAUUGCAGGUGCAGUUGGUUCUACAAGGGUACAACGGACCCCAGAUAUGUACCCUACACAGAAGCAGUCGCCGAAAAGCUCGAGGAGGAGUACCGCCACGGCAUGACAACUGGCGAAUGGCACAGGCGCCUGGUGCUGCCCAACAACGAGUCGGUGGUGAUGCACGGCCCCACCGUCAUGGUGCAUCUGCUGCAGAGUGCCACAGACAGCUUUAGCUCCACACCUCAGACGACGAUGCGUCCGCGCGUGGUGCGUCGCGGCUGGGACGAGUCGGAAAUAGAGGACAUGGAACCGUCGAGCAUCGAUCACCUGCUACUGCUUUGUCACGGAGUCGGUUCCACGUGCGAUAUGAGGCUGCGGUCUGUGGUGGAAGUCGUGGAUGACUUUAGAGCCACCAGUCUACAACUGCUGCAGUCGCAUUACAGGAAUUCAUACGACAACGGGGUCGUUAACAGGGUCGAGGUGUUGCCCAUAUCGUGGCACGCGACGCUGCACGCGGGCGAGGCGGGCGUGGACCGCCGCGUGGCGCAGAUCACGCUCGACAGCAUCCCGAAGCUGAGGAACUUCACCAACGACACCGUACUCGACAUAUUGUUCUAUACCAGUCCAAUUUUUUGCCAGACAAUAAUAGACACGGUGUGCGCGGAAAUGAAUCGAAUCUACAGGCUGUUCGUAUCGCGCAACCCACACUUCCGCGGUACAGUCUCGUUAGGUGGCCAUUCGCUUGGAAGCGUCAUACUAUACGAUCUACUCUGCCAUCAGCGGCCGAACGACAGCGACCCGUCGGAGAAGCACUACGUGUCCGGUACGGCCGGCACCGGACAGGCGGCCGUCCGGUACCCGCGGCUCGAAUUCUCGCCCGCAGCGCUCUACGCCUUGGGCAGUCCUAUAGCAAUUUUCGAGUGUAUACGCGGAGUGGAGUCCUUAGGCGCUGACUUCGUACUGCCAACAUGCAAACAUUUCUUCAACAUAUUCCACCCGUACGACCCUAUAGCUUACAGAAUCGAACCCCUGAUCAAUCCGCAACUGAAAAGUAUGAAGCCGUAUCUCAUCCCGCACCACAAAGGCAGGAAACGGAUGCACUUAGAACUCAAAGAGACGAUGGCGCGAGUGGGCGCCGACUUGAAGCAGAAGCUGUUGGAGUCACUGAAGACCACGUGGUCCAGUGUGUGGAGGACGCAGCCGCCGCCCAGCGACUGCCAGCUCGAGAAGGUGGUGGAAGAAGAGAUAGAGAAGGAGCAGCUGUGCGAAGAGAACAAAGAUGAUGUCUCGCAGGACAUUGAUCUGGAGGCGCCUGAUGUUCUGGGCAAGCUGAACAGCGGCCGGCGGAUAGACUACGUGCUUCAGGAGGCGCCCUUCGAGAUGAUCAACGAGUACCUGUUCGCCAUGAGCAGCCACGUCUGCUACUGGGAGUCCGAGGACACGAUGCUGAUGAUACUGCGCGAGAUAUACUCGAGCAUGGGCGUCCAGACGGACGGCAGUCUGCCCCAGCAGAGCCUCACAGUGCAGCGGACGCGGCUGCAGCGAGAGGAAGAAGCUCUCAGUUUGAGUACUACAGAUCACCCGUCGACGAGCCGCGGAGACACGUAUAGGAAAUGUAGUAGUUAACGUUAGUUAUAAACUUAUAGUUUUUAUGGCGGCGAAUGUAAAGAUAAGGGGGCGGGGGAUUGUUAGUGAUCCAGACUAGCGAGUCCUAUUGCUAGCACUGUACCCUGUUAGAUCGAUCACCACGUAGUCCUACCGGAAACCAUCGUGCUCUAUUCCAGGUGUAUUCAUCACGAUGGGCUAACUGACCUGCCUUUUCAUUCUCACUUAUUACUUGUCACUGGUGUCCUGCCAGUGUAUACCGUUAGCGCAGGCGGGGUUACCAUUAGAUUUUCCUUCAUUAAAAAAAAUAUAUAUGAAAACUUAACCCUACAUUAUGACCCUACAUAAUUCACUUUAUUAUGUCUUGAUGGAAUAAAAGUAAUAAUAAUAUAAUGAUAAAACUUUUUAAUUACUUAAAAUAAGCAAAAUACAUAUAGAGUGAAAUUAAAGCGCGGCCACAUAAGAAAACGCAUGGAAGCCAAAAGAAGUAAUGACAGCGAAUGAAACUAGAUGGCGCUGUGUCGUUCACUUUCAACAUAUCUUUAUGAAUCUAUUUCAAAAAAGAGUUUGUUAGCUCAUAACUUUGUCUUUUAUAUAGGUUUAUAAAAGACAAUGUUUUGAGCUAACAAACUUUGGAAAAUUCUUGUCAUUGGAAACCCAAUCAGCCAAUCGUGAUGAAUUCCACAAGCAUUAACCGCGAAGGUUUCAAGGGGAAAGGGGGCCAUUAGACCCCUUCCCUCCGUAGGGCGAUGCUUAUUUUAGUUUACCUCCGAUAAUGCAUCUUUUAUAAUCGUCGCCAUUUCUACUAAUUUAAGGUUGUAACCUAACUUACUGGUUUAUAGAGAUAUUAUUUGUAAACUUAACGAACACUCGAACGUUUCAAUUUGUAAUUACAGUUUAAAUAAAAAAAAAUACAUGAUUCGUAAUCGAGUUCAACAAGUAUGUUACUAAAUAAAAAAAUAAAAUAAAAAAUAAAAAAAGAAAAACCUAAAAAUCCCGCAAUUGCAAGGUUAUAUAAUCCAUUACAGUUAAAUAUUAGUUAAAUUUUUAACCGCCCCAGUUGAAUGAUCAACCAUAGUUGUACCAUAGUUUCCUUGUUGACAAUUUAUGUCUGUUUAAUUUACAUAUUUAACACUUAUCGUUCACGAGGGGUAAAUAUUUACACCAAGCAAUUUACCCUUGCAUUGUUUACCAAUAAUCACGUAAGUUUCGACCAGUGUGAGAUAGUACCCCAAGUUUUUUAGACAAGUGGCAAGCGAUUCCAUCGAUGGAAUCGACAUCAUUAGCGAGAUAGCAAUGUCGGAGGAUUCAUUCCAACUGAUGGACUCGCUAGCAAAUUCGAUUCUAUCGAUGAAAUCGCUUGCCACUUGUCUA